UAAGGUAAGUCGUAAUUGGGAUAAAUUUCAAAAUAUCCACGGCUCAUUGUUACUGAAUCAGAGUUGUUGGAAAUCAGGGGGAACAGAAUGAGCCUGGCACUUAUUCAGGACUAUUCUUCCGCUGAAGAAGUAGAAGAAGAAGAUUACCAACAACAAUACGAAUUCCAAAACUCUUCAGACGACCAAGACGACACCGUACCACCUUCCAGUUCUUCAAAUCGUUACCAUCCUGUCCUGAACGUCCCCAAACCAUCCAAUUCCUCCGGCCUUCCCUCUGCAUUCGACGUUUUUUCUCAAAUUUCAGGGCCCCCACAGUUUCUCAACAAUUCUAUUGAAGAGAAGGCUUCAACGAAAGAUAUCGAUUAUGAGCAAAGUAGGCGGAGGAGCCGCCGAAAGCAAGAUUUGCCUGCUGGUGUUGUAAUGGAGGCCAAGGCUCAACUUGUUGGAAUCCAUGAACGAGUACGAAGUGAUAUCGAGGGUAACCAGGCUUCAUCAUCAGUUUCAGGCACAAAACAAGGAAUCAAGCGUGUGGCAACUGCAACCAAUCCUAAUGCAGAAGACGCUGCAGAGCUUCUGAGGAUGUGUUUGCAAUGUGGAAUACCAAAGACCUACUCAAAUGCCCGAGGAAUGGUGUGUCCUGUAUGUGGUGAUCGUCCGGUGGUAGACACAAACAAUGAACCCAAGAAGAAGGGGUCUGUCAUAAAAGAAAAAGAGAAGAGUAAAAGGAUGAAGGGACAGUCAUCUCAUGCCACUUGGAAAAGUGAAACAGAGAUGCAACUCCGCCAGCAGUUCGAUUAACACAAAUCAAUGUAUUGUAUGUUGAGUCUUAUAUCUGAUAUGUGGGUUUCUAGGAUGUGUGAAAAUAUUUCUAGAAUUUAUGUAUUUUGGAUUUCACAGUUAUGUGCCUAAGUGUUUUGUACAACGCUUUUGACUCUUAUUCCUGUUCACUCAUUCACUUCUGCAAA